CGGGAAUACAAUAGUGAUAAAAUUUUCCAAAAUAAUGCAGUAGGAAUGUCGUUUGCAUCUCUACUUUUCAUACACUUGGCCAAUUAGUAUCAAAAACACUCUAUUUUGUUAUAAGUUCGUUUAAUUGUGUGCUUCAUUAUGUCGACAAGGGGUGUGAAGUUUCUCUUUUCUGUAGGUGAAUUUGUACUCUGUUUUGAACCAGACCCAACAAAAGCUCGCGUUUUGUAUGAUGCAAAGAUUUUAGACACGACUUCCACCAAAGAUUUAUCUGGCACCAAGAUUCCUGCAUACCAUGUACACUUUCAGGGUUGGAAUAACAGUUGGGAUCGAAUUGUACCAGAAACAUAUGUUUUAAAAAAUACAGAAGAAAACAGACAGUUGAUGAAAAAGUUAGCUGACACCACCAAAAAGUAUCGGAUAAACAGUGCACGUAAUCGAAGGAUUGACAGAAUUCUAAGGAAGGCUUUUCGAGGGAGACCACCUUUGUUUGAAGAUGAUGGAGACAGUCCAUAUGAAGAUGAUGAUAUCAUCAGCUCAGAGAGUGAAAAUGAGAAAACUGAUGAGGAGGAAAAGAAAGAUGAUAAAGAAAGCAUUGAGUUCAUGGAACAGAUACAGAAUGGUUCCAUCCUUGAAACUGAUUGUCAGAGUACCAACAGUAGUGAGGAUGAUGGAAGUAACUAUAGUAACAAGUCUGAGGACAAAAAGAGGAAGGUUAAUGUGGACAUAGAGCUUCCACCUCUGCUUAAAGAAGAAUUGGAAAAGGACUAUAUAGCUAUAUGCAAGCAGGAUAUGGUGUUAAAUUUACCAGCACAGCCAAAUAUCAUAUCAAUAUUGGAGGAAUUUGUCAAAUCUUUUUGUGUGAAUGUGCUGUUCAGUAAUACAGCAAAGAGCAGUGUUCUCAAUAAAGAGGGUUCAACUACUGUACCUGUGGAAAGAAAUAUUCCCCUAUGUAAGGAGAUGGUAGAUGGACUUCGUCUUUGUUUUGAUUAUACCCUUCCACUAGUCCUUCUGUACACAUCUGAGAGAACACAGCUUGACAGACUGAUCACCACACAAAAACAGAAGUCCCAUAGCACCAAUGGUCCCACAACAAACUCACCUCCCCCCAAAAAGUCUCCAGUAAAGCGAAAACACAAUUUAAGAACAAAUCAGUCAUCUUCCUCCAAUGGAAAUGUAUCUCCAAAGAUUCCAAAGCUAUCCCCUGAAAUUUUCAAAGACAAGAUAGAAUUUGAAAUGUCAGAGCAGGAAGAGUUGGCUCCUAGAAGAUUAACUAGACAGUCAGUAAUAGAAAAUGCUAGAAAAAUCACAGACUCAAAACAACAGUAUGAACACUCUACAGGAUCAGAAGAGGCUGACAAAGAAGAACAAAAAGCAGAAGGCACUCGAAAGAAGGAGACUCGUAGAAGUCGUAGGUUCAGCUCAAGUCACCCAUUGUGUUCCACAACAACAGUGAAAACUGAGCCCCCAGACUCAGGAGCAGAGGCUCAUUCUUCUCGUGAACAUGAGGACGCACCUCCGCCCCUCCUGGUCCCAAACACAGUCACCAAUCAGAAGCCAUCAGACAAUGCCAGUCAGGGCAGCAAGGCAAGCAGUGCUACUUCCUCAGAAUCUUGUAAGGAAGACAUUCUGGACAGAAUUUUGUCCUGGCAGCUCCUGCCCCCGGAGAAAUUACAGGCUAACCCCACUGCACCCUCCCUUCUGUAUGGGGCACAUCAUCUCCUGCGACUCUUUGUAAAACUCCCAGACUUGAUCACCAGUAUGAGUAUGGAGGACCACAAAGUCAAAGCUCUGCUCUCCCUCCUUCACUGUUUCCUGGAGUAUAUGGCACUUGCAGAAAAUCUAAAUCGUGCAAUUGUAAGUGGAGAUCUUCUCCAAGUUCAGAAACUGGUUAAAGAAGGUGCAGCAAUGGAUUUCUUACUGGGCAUGCGUGGAACAGCAUUGUGUGCUGCUCUGUCGGCAAAUCAAAGUAGCAUCGCACAAUUCCUUAUCGAAGCAGGAUGUGGAGUUAAUGUGGAAGAUUAUGAUAAAGAACCACCAAUUUUCCUAGCGAUCAGCAAGAAAUGCUUCGACGUGGUACAUAAACUAACACAGCAUCCCAAAUGUAACCUCAAUAAAUACGACCCACUUACUAAUAUAUCGCCACUAGCUCUUGCUGUCAAAAACAACCACCAAAAUGUCAUCAAGUGGUUUAUAGAGGCUGGAGCGGAUCUUAAUGUGACUGAUCAUGUUGACAAUACGGCGUUACAUAUUGCAAUAUGUGAUCGGAAUUACGAAGUGAUGAAAAUGUUAGUAAAAGGUGGCUGUGAUUUAUUGAAGAAUGACUCGAAUGGAAAAUAUCCGAUGCAUCUGAUUGCCAGUAAAGGGGAUAUCAGGGCUAUGAAAAUUUUAUUGCAAAAUUGGGUUGAUGAAUCAGACACAAUAUCGACGGUAUUUUCUAAUUAUCCCUUUUCUUCCAAAACGGAUAAGGAGUAUGUGAGCCAAGUUCUAAAUAAAACGACAAAAGCUGGCCAAAGCACCAGCACUCCUUUACAUUUUGCGAUUACAAAUGGUUACAACAUGAUGUCCAAAUACUUGCUAAGGUACGGUGCUUCACCCAAUGAAACCGACGAUAACCUAACGGAAUCUCCUCUUAUGGCAGCUAUGUACGCCAUGUCCUCCCAUGUCGGUCAGAUUGAUGGCUCUACUGUUUCAUGGUUGUUACAAGCUGGGGCUAACCCGAAUGCUUGUGGUAAAUUGAUGUCGUCAGCCACUGUAUACUCCUACGUUGAGACGCCUGUCAUGCUCGCAUGUCGUUUAAAUAAUGUUGAAGCCCUUGAAAUUCUACUCUCCCAUGGUGCAAAAAUGGACGUAAGAAACGAUGAAAUUGGACAUGUCAGCAAAAAGAUUCUUCUUUCCAUUGCCUUUUCACACAAUGCUAUUGAAACUGCACGUUUUCUCAUCAACGGAUGCGGGGUAUUGGAUGCCCAAGAUGACGUCAGUAAUUCAGAAUCAGAGGAAAACUUAUUGAUAGCACUUGGCGACAUGUAUCAUCCAGAAGUAGAAGAGUUUGUUGAAGCCGUUAUUUCCAAAGAUAAUCCCAGCGAAUCAAGCCUGCAAGAAUCUCUUAUCAAUGCAAUUAUGAAAAACAAUAUUCAUCUUGCUGUAGCUCUAUUACAGCAUGGAGUAGACGCGAAUAAAAUGAACUCUGAUGGCUACUGUGCAAUUCAUCACUGUGUCAAAUUUGCAAACAAAGACAUUUUAUUGAAACUUUUGCGAAACGGGAGUGACAUCAACAUAACAACUGUUGAUGGACUGAGCCCUUUAGAAAUGUGUUUGGAAUAUUUUGACGAAGACCAUUUAGAUAUGACGUAUUUUCUGAUUGAGGCAGGUUGUGUUAUACCCAAUAAGUUUCAAUGUUUUCCCGAGGUAGAGAGUGAAGACAGCGAAACUGAAUCAGAUGAUUCUGAUGAGUGUGAUACUUUUUUCGAUGACGCUGAUCAUCCUGCAGCCUUCAUCGAGGACAAGCAUCUGCGAAGUAUUGUGACGUCACUGCAAAGACAUCCGCAGCCUCUUCUACAGCGAUGUCUCCACGUGUUGCGCAUGCACUUUGCGCACAACCACUUGCCAUUUAAUUCACUGAGACGACUUCCAUUACCUAGAAAACUUUUAGAUAUGCUCAUGUUUGAAACUUUCCAAAAAAGUUUCAGAAUUUCUUAGGUUUUCUUGGAUUAUUGUAUAUAUAUUGUUUAUAAGAAUUCAUUUUUUAUUUAAAGAGUGUCGUUUUAAAGACUCCCUUACUCUCUCCACUUUUUUGACACCGUGUCAGAUUGGGAAUAUUGCAUUAUUAUAUUUUUACUCCCCCACCUGUCUUAUGGUAAUGACCUUUCUCUCAUAGCAAUUUCUUGUCUGUUAAAUUUAUGUUUUGCCUAUCCAUGUAUUAAAUCUGAUUUUGAUUAAUUUUAAAAAGACAUAAUGCAACGUUUAUGGCUGAAUAGCAGAUUGUCCGAAUAAUAUUACAAAUAUUGAGAAAGGUCGUUAUGCUGUUAACCUUAACACAAUAGAAACACUAUAAAAAAGCAUGUUCAAGAUUUACUGUCUGAUAUCAGCUGAUCGGGGGUUUAACUCCAUUAAUAUACUAGCAAGAAACAAGGAAGAAAUCCACACAAGUUCCGUGUUUCUAGACAUGUAUACACAGCUUUGCCCGGGGCUAAGUGUUCGUUUCCAACCAAAAAAGAGAUAAAAACAUAUUUUAAAACCUGCCAUUAUUUUAUUAGACAA